AGGUGGAGGUCAUGCUCUCCUUCAUCCAGUCACAGAAUCCUAAUGACAGCAGGUGCUGCACUUUUGAUGAGCCUCUCAGUUCCUGUGGCUACAGUCAGUCAGAUGAUGAUGAUCUCAACUGGGAUCAGGUGAAUGCGCCCAUGAAGCCGUCCUCGGGUCAAGGGAUGCCAUCGGGUUCCUUCAUGCUGGUGAACACAUCUGGAAGAUUUGCCGGACAGAAAGCUCACCUCCUGAUGCCCCAUCUGAAAGAAAAUGAUACACAUUGUAUUGAUUUUCACUAUUAUGUUUCAAGCAAGAGUGGAGCUAGCCCUGGCACUUUGAAUGUAUAUGUGAAGGUUAAUGAUGGUCCUAUUGGUAACCCAGUCUGGAACACAUCUAUCACUGCCACUUGGAAUAGAGCAGAACUGGCAAUUAGUACUUUCUGGCCCAAUUUUUAUCAGGUAUUUCUAGGACAUCCAUGUACAAAAACUCCCCAUUUCUUGCGUCUUCAGAGUGUGGAAGUCAAUGCAGGACAGUUUGCUACUUUUCAAUGCACUGCCAAUGGUGGAACAGACUCGGGUGACAAACUCUGGUUACAGGGUAUUUAUGUACGGGAUGCACCUUUGAAGGACAUAAAAGUGUUCAACGCCCGACGAUUUGUAGCCCUUUUCAGUGUGGUAAACGCCACGAAGCGCGACGCUGGCAACUAUCGCUGCAUGAUCCGGACGGAAGGAGGAGUUGGUGUGUCCAACUAUGCAGAGCUGAUAGUCAAAGAGCCACCAGUUCCCAUUGCUCCACCUCAGCUAUCCUCAGUUGGUGCAACUUACCUGUGGAUACAGCUGAAUGCCAAUUCCAUCAAUGGGGAUGGACCCAUUAUCCAAAGAGAAGUUGAGUAUCGAACUUCCAGCGGAAGCUGGUACGACAUACAACCCGUGGACUCCACAAGCUAUAAGAUUGGGCACCUGGAUCCUGAUACAGAAUAUGAAAUCAGUGUAUUACUUACAAGACCAGGUGAAGGAGGAACAGGGUCUCCUGGCCCAGCUCUCAAAACAAGGACAAAAUGUGCUGAUCCGAUGCGUGGGCCACGAAGACUGGAGGUUGUGGAGAUCAAAUCUAGGCAGAUCACUAUUUGCUGGGAGCCAUUUGGGUAUAAUGUCACACGUUGCCAUCGCUACAACCUCACAGUCCAUUACCGCUACCAGGCUGGAGGACAGGAGCAAGUGAGAGAGGAAGUCAGCUGGGAUACAGAGAGUUCACAUCCCCAGCACACAAUUACCAACCUAUCACCAUACACAAAUGUCAGCAUCAAAUUAGUAUUGAUGAAUCCCGAAGGACGGAAAGAAAGCCAAGAACUUGUCGUGCAAACGGAUGAAGAUGUCCCAAGUGCUGUGCCACUUGAAUCCAUUCAAGGGAGUACCUUCGAAGAGAAGAUUUUUCUUCAGUGGAGAGAGCCAGCGCAAACAUAUGGUGUGAUUACUUUGUAUGAGAUCACCUACAAAGCAGUCAGUUCUUUUGACCCAGAAAUAGAUUUAUCCAAUCAAAGUGGACGAGUCUCAAAGCUAGGAAAUGAAACGCACUAUCUCUUUUUUGGACUGUAUCCUGGCACCACCUACUCUUUUACCAUCAGAGCCAGCACAGCUAAAGGCUUUGGACCUCCAAUAACAAAUCAGUUCACUACUAAAAUAUCAGCACCCUCUAUGCCACCAUAUGAACUUGAAACACCUUUGAAUCAAACUGACAGCACUGUGACAGUCUUGCUGAAACCUGCACAGAGCAGAGGCGCUCCUGUCAGUGUCUAUCAAAUCGUUGUUGAGGAAGAGCGCCCACGGAGGACCAAAAAGACAACUGAAAUCCUGAAGUGCUACCCAGUGCCCAUUCAUUUCCAGAAUGCCUCACUCUUGAAUUCCCAGUACUACUUUGCUGCAGAGAUUCCAGCCAAUGGUUUACUAGCUGCUCAGCCUUUUACUAUUGGUGAUAACAAAACCUACAGUGGUUUUUGGAAUACUCCUCUUCUUCCUCAUAAGAGCUACAGCAUCUAUUUUCAAGCUGCUAGCAGAGCCAAUGGGGAAACUAAAAUUGACUGCGUCAGGGUAGCCACAAAAGCUGCGAUAAUCGUGACUCAGCUUACAACACCAUACAUUCGCAUCGCCCCUGCUGCAGGCGACGACCAGCUAACAGGGGCUGCCACUCGAAAACCAGACCCGGAGCCCGAGAAGCAGACAGACCACACCGUUAAAAUUGCUGGAGUCAUUGCAGGCAUCUUGCUGUUCGUCAUUAUAUUUUUGGGGGUCGUGCUGGUAAUGAAGAAAAGAAGAAGCUAUCACUCCUACACUUAUUACCUAAAAUUGGCUAAAAAGCGGAAAGAGACAUUGAGUAGUACUCGGCAGGAAAUGACAGUGAUGGUGAAUUCAAUGGAUAAAAGCUACACUGAGCAAGGCACCAACUGUGAUGAAGCUUUCUCUUUCAUGGACACGCACAAUCUAAAUGGGAGAUCUGUAUCUUCACCAUCUUCAUUUACAAUGAAAACUAACACACUGAGCACAACAGUGCCUAAUUCUUACUACCCAGAUCCAUUUGUGCCAACUGCAAUUUUAGUGCCAAUCAAUGAUGAAACCCACACGAUGGCCAGUGACACAAGCAGCCUGGUCCAAUCCCAUACGUAUAAGAAGAGAGAUCCAGUGGAUGUGCCCUACCAGACCGGACAGCUCCAUCCAGCCAUCCGUGUAGCUGACUUGCUACAGCACAUCACACAGAUGAAGUGUGCAGAAGGCUACGGAUUUAAAGAGGAGUAUGAAAGUUUCUUUGAAGGACAGUCUGCACCAUGGGAUUCAGCUAAGAAAGAUGAGAACAGAAUGAAAAAUAGAUAUGGGAAUAUCAUUGCAUAUGAUCAUUCUCGAGUGAGAUUGCAGCCUAUUGAAGGAGAAACAAGUUCCGAUUACAUCAAUGGGAAUUAUAUCGAUGGUUAUCAUAGACCAAAUCACUACAUUGCUACACAAGGGCCAGUUGGAAAGUAG